CUUCAACUCUGGAAACUGUUCAACACUGUUCACUUAAAAACAAAACAGCGUCAUUAUCGGUCACAUGCUAGCUAUAUAUAGCCAUUUUGGUACUUUGUAUAAAUGAUCUUACUUACAAGGAGUUUAGUUUGAUAUUAUUUAACUUUAAAUAAUUAAUAAUAAUAAUUCGGUCAGCACUGUUUUCUACCCGGAGUCAUUUAGGAGGCGCACAUAUUACAAUGGCAACCUGUUCGAAGAGCAGCAAGGCUGAUGCUGACGAUGAAAUAAACGAUCCUGGCGCCGCUCCUUACGGUAACUUCAUAAAUUAUUACAGCUUCAACCCUCCGGAGAACCGCCUGAGUCUGAUUCCACCGGCUCUUCUCAGGGAUUUAGGAUACAGUAAUGAGACCACGCUGAUCCUGGACGUGGGCUGUAACUCAGGGGAACUGAGCGUAGCUUUCUACAAACAUCUGGUGCCUGAGGAACAGUCUGAUAGGAGGAAAGUUCACCUCCUGGGUUUCGACUUGGAUGAAACUCUAGUUCAGCGAGCGGAGGAGAUAAACCCUCUGCCAAGCAGAAUCACCUUCAUCCCUCUCGACAUCACCAAAGACACCAACCAGCUGCAGGACUACCUCAGCCUGCACGGCUGCUCUCACUUCCACUUGUGUCUGUGUCUAGCUGUGACCAUGUGGGUCCAUUUAAACCACGGAGACUCGGGCCUGCUGCAGCUGCUCUCUCGCCUGUCCUCCAUGAGCCAGCACCUUCUGCUGGAGGCCCAGCCCUGGAAGUGUUAUCGCUCCGCAGCCCGGCGGCUGAGGAAGCUGGGACGCUCGGACUUUGACCACUUUAAGACCCUGAAGAUCCGAGGGGAUGUGGCAGAUCAUGCCAGGGAACACCUAGAAAGACACUGUGGCAUGGAGCUAAUCCAGAGCUUUGGCAGCACUGCAUGGGACCGUAAGCUGCUGCUUUUCAGAAAGACAUGAGGGGCUCUGUCAGGAGUUCCCAUCAGCAGGAAGGACAGCAGAAACCGUAAAGACAGAUUGAUAUUAAUCAGCAAUUAAAAGAAACAAACUAAAGAAAAUUGCUGCUUCAAAUCUAAAGAUUUUAAAGAAGUGAUAAUAAAUAGACUUUGUGCUCUUAAGAGUGCAAGCAAGUGUAUAUGUACCUGUGUGUGUGUUGGGGUGGGGGGAUAAUAAGUGGUAGUAAUUUGUGGCAAUUUACACCUUACAGCUUUAAUGACAUCAUCAGUCCAAAACACUUCUAGCUACAGCAUCCUGAAAUCAAGCCUGUACUAUCAAAUGCACUUUUUGUACACAUUUAAUAUUCAGCCCAGUCUUAUUUCUUCAUGGCAGACAUUGUGCUGGAGUCAUAUCCUCCCGCACGAUUUCACCACCACCCUUAACGAUGGAUCUAUGAUUUCUUCCAAAUUCUGACCCUUUCUUCUAAAUGUUGCAGCAGAAAUCAAGACUCAGACCAGGCAAUGUUUUGUUAGUCUGUUAGCCGCUGAGUGUAUAAGAACAUCAGCUGAUACUAGUUGUCAGAUUUUCCUUUUACUCCAUAUAAAUCAGUAUAGGCUGAGAUCUAAACAUCUAAUAUUGGAUUGCUCAGUUGUUUACGUGGUUCAAACCUUUGUUGUUCAUUUCCAGGAAGUGUUUUAGCCAUUAACUAACAUUUAAAUGUUGGACAACAGAUUAAUCUAACCUUGUAUGACUGAACCACAGCAGACAAUAACGGCAAAACAAAGCAACCAACACAGCAUUGUAAUUUUCAUCAUUUUAAUUACAGAAUACUAAAAAUAACAUUACAUAAAAUGUCUUUUUAAAAGAAACCAUUGAAUAUUACAAAGGUUGUAAAUUUUGUAAAGUUAGGAUAUAAAAUCUUUGAACAGUGGUGCAUAAUUGAAAAAGAAAA